AUGUGGUCCAUCCCUAAGGCCACUAUCCUCACACUCUCUUCAACAUACCUUUUCUCAACAUGCUUUGCAUCCGCCAUUACCGACCCUCUUGAGGCUCACCGAAGAAGAGAUGUCCACAAUCUGCGAGCAAGGAAUAUAGUUUCGGAUAGUUCUGCAAUUCAAAGCUCGUAUGAUUUCAUCAUCGUAGGAGGUGGUCUGGCUGGGUUGGUUCUAGCUUCGAGGUUGUCCGAGGAUUCGAACCAUACCGUGCUCGUAUUGGAAGCCGGAGAAUCUGGCGAUGCGAACAUUACACAAAUCAAUACGCCGGCUGACACCUACUAUUCCUCUCUCGUUGGUUCCGAAUAUGAUUACGCGUAUCAGACCGCCGAACAAACAGGAUGCUCUAACCGAAACGUAUCAUGGCCGCGAGGCAAGGUCCUUGGUGGAUCUUCUGCUAUCAACGGCAUGUAUCUCGUUCGACCCAACGAGCCUGAGAUCAAUGCCAUCCACGCUAUCAAUCCUAACGAUACCGAUGAGUUUUGGGCCUGGGACUCGUACAACGCCGCUAUGAAGAAGAGCGAAACUUUUGGUGCACCUUCCUCUGACAUCGCAGCUGAGGCUGGAAUCCAGUACAAUGCCGCGUCCCAUGGAUCCAGUGGACCCAUUCAUUGGUCAUAUCCUGGAGAAACCUUCAAUAUCGUCGGAAACUGGACGCCUACGCUCGCCACACUUGGCAUUCCGAGUAAUCCCGAUUCUGCGUCAGGCGAUAAUUCCGGUGCUUAUAUCACAACCUCUUCUAUCAAUCCUUCCAAUUGGACUCGUUCAUACUCCCGUUCUGGUUACAUCGAUCCCUUGCCUCCCAGAUCUAAUCUUGACAUUCUCCCUUCUGCGACUGUUACGAAUAUCGUUUGGGGUUCGGGAACAUCCGGUAAUCUGACUGCCACCGGGGUGCAAUGGGCGUCCUCUUCGACAGCCGCGAAGCAGACCGUGAACGCGAACAAGGAGGUCAUACUUGCUGCCGGCACUAUCGGAAGUGCACAAGUCUUACAGCUCAGUGGAGUCGGACCGUCAAAGUAUCUUCAGGCCGCAGGUGUGGACGUUCAGCUUGACCUUCCUGGGGUUGGACAACGAUUACAAGACCAUCUGAGUGGAAGCUUAAUUUAUAGCACUACUGCAGAGACAGCUGGAGACCUUCACGCAGACGGCGUAGCCACAGCAGAAUUUCUCUCUUACAUCAACUCUGCCACCGCCUACGUCAACUUGACAACUCUUCUCGGAUCAGAUAGCGCUUCUGCUCUGAUAUCUUCAGCUCAAGCAGAAGUUGAUUCGUCCGCAUCGUCGUUGCUCCCAUUAGGCGACUCCACCGUUGCCGCAGGUUACAAGGCAAUCUACGACACCAUCACCAACCAGUUCUAUUCGAGUAACAGUGGCCAGAUCGAGUUGUUGUUGAGUAUCACGAGUACCAGUGUCCUGAUUCAGGCCGCGAUCCAGCAUCCUCUGAGUGUUGGCGAGCUCUACAUCACUUCCGACUCGGUUUUCAACUAUCCUUUCAUCAAUCCUAACUAUCUGGUACAUGACGCCGACCUCACUAUCCUGCGUGAAGGCUUCAAAAUGGCGCGUCUCGUCUCGCAGGCUUCUCCACUCUCCACGUACCUCACAGGUGAAACCACUCCCGGAUCUUCUGUGAGCACGGACGCCGAAUGGGAUACUUGGAUCCAGGGAGCCGUAGGAACCGAAUAUCACCCCACAGGAACAUGUGCGAUGCUUCCGCUUGAACUAGGUGGUGUUGUUAGCCCGUCAUUGCUUGUCUAUGGUACCUCGAACGUCAGAGUGGCAGACGCGAGUGUGUAUCCAUUCGAGUUAUCGAGCCAUCUUGGUGCCCCCACCUAUGGUCUCGCAGAACAAGCCUCUACCAUUAUCAGGGAUUAUUGGAAUGGUGUCUCGACAAAUCCUAAUACUACCACCACUAGUACUUCAUCAUCGUCAUCGUCGACAUCGACCGGCUCAACAGACUCGAAAAGUAACAACGCUGUAUCUUCUGCUUAUGGAUUUGGGGGAAUCGUUUGUGCAGCGAUCGCCUGCCUCGUUGGUUCCAUGAUGGACCUUUGA